UCUCCAAACCUCACCAUGUCUUGCCACAACUCCUGCUCUGCAAACUACAGCUCAGGAUGUCUCCGAAACUCCUGCCAUGUUCCUCUCAACGCCCCUGUUGCCCUCUGCUCUACAAACGUGGGCUGUGGAGACAUCCUCUGCUUACCUGGUGCCUGUCAAAACCAGGCUUGGUUCUCUGGCAACUGCCAGGAGGCCUCCGGUGAACCCAACAGCUGCCAGCCUCUCAGCUGCGAAACCUCCGGCUGCUCUUCCACUGCUUACUACGUGCCCAGGCCCUGCCAAGGAUCCAGCUUUCUUCCGACCUCUUCCUUCCUCUCCAGCUCCUGUCACCCAGUAUCUUGUAGGCCUCUGAGCUAUGUGUCCAGCCACUGUCGUCCAACGACUCCCCUGAUCACUGGAUUCCAGCCCACGGGCUGUGUGUCCAGUGGCUAUCGUCCCCUAACCUGUGUGCCCAACAGUGGCCGGCCCCUGAAUCUCCUCCCUUACGGGUACCGACCCACGGGUUGUUUGGGCUACAAUCCUCAAACGGUACACGUUGUGUCCAGCAGCCUCAGACCUCUGCAGCCUCACUGCAGUGGCUGCCAGAAUCUGCCCCACGUGAUCAGCACUUGUCGUCCAUCUUGCUCUGCCCAAGGGGGCCUGUAG